AUGAAGCGCAGAGUCACCUAUGUCCAGCGCCCCGAGACCCCCUUCGAGCCGCAGCAAGCAAUUCUGAGCUCCUCGGCCCUGUCGGUCCACGGCCUGGACGCCGCGCGUGAGGACCGCAUUACGUUCGGCCUGGAAGAUCUUCCGGAGGAGCUGCGCGUGGUCCUCGAGCAAUCCCAUGAACUCCGCCUCCGCUGGGCGACCGAGCGCUCCUAUGACGCUAUCGCACCCUUUACGAGCAGGGUCUCGCCUGGUUUACAUGUGCACUAUACGCCUCUAGCUGCAGAUCAGUCGUCGGAGGGGCUAUGCUCGUUGCUCCGCUCGGUAUUCGGAACUGAGAACGGACAAGCUGCGGUGGAUUGCACCCGGCCGGAGGAUUCCUUUAUCACACCCCCACUGCUAUCCACGAGAUUCGCGGCCUCGGCCUCCCUCCAGUACUACACACAUCUUCCAAGCCUACAAUCCCUAGUCGGAUUCAUCCGGCGCACAGCAUGCCACCAGCACCAGGUUGGCGGCACCGAGUGCCACGAGCGUGCCGAUUCCCUACUCACGGCCGACACAGUUGAUGUUGACUAUGAUAGCAUCUCACACACGCUGAGUAUCUCAGGGGUCUGGACGAGUCCACCUGACGGUGGUUGGACGGAAGUGAUUCCCAAGCCUGCUUCCAAAGCAGACCAGGUUGAGUUUGGGCUCUUAGGUGCGGAGCAGGGCAUCGAGCCCGAGGAGAUCAAGAUGGGUGGGCUAUUGGCUGUUGUCGGAGAGGACAAGAAGAUGAAACCAACAAUGUUCUCAUUUCCCUCUCGACAUCACCCUCUCCCCUCAGACGCCACCUACACCGUCUCCUUCACCCAGCCAACCGGCCUUCAUCCAAUAAUGUCCAUCACCAUGCAACGCCCCUCUCUCCAGCGCCCGCCAGCUCCCGAGGACGCAACAUGCGCCCUCCACACGUACCUCACACUCCCUUCCUCUGUGUUCGGAGACCAGUACCAGCUCGGCACGACAGACCCGCUCUUCCUCCAAUCGCACAACCUGGCCGCGCUCCGCGCGCACGCCGGCGAAAUGGAUCUAGAAGCACCAGACUGGGCCGUGCAGCGCUGGGGCUCAACCUGGCUCUUCGAGCUCGCCUCGCCAGUCGCACAAAUGGAUGACGCCGAUGGGGCAUCUAAUUGGACAGCGACCAUCCCGCUGCACCUGCGGUACCUGCCUCCGUCAGAGACCGGGCACAAGACUGCACACGUUCCCUGGCCUGUCGUAUUCUGGGCAUGCACGGCAGAAGACGGGACGAAGAUGGGCGUAAACCCCUUCGACCGCACGAACCUGGGCUGGGAUGGGCUGUUUGGGCCGCGGACGAUGUUCUAUCAGCUGCAUCCUAAGACUGGGCGGCUUGUUGAGGAGAUCGACGUUCCGGUGCUGAAGCUUCAGGCUGGCCAGGGUCUUUUCCAAGCACAGAAUAUCGAGCUGGGGACUUCGCUGGUUAUUUUGCUUGGGUUUUUGUGGGUGCUCUGGCGAUUGGUUCGAGUGGCGCUGUUUCGGUCUGGACAAGGACAACGACAUGGGCAUGAGAAGAAGGAAUGA